AUGAUCAUAAAAAUAUAAAUACACCGCUGACCAUAGUACUGUACACGUUAAUAAAACAUUUGAUAUCUAAAACCUGUACCGACAUUAAAACUAUGACGUCAUAAUGACGUCACAUAUCUUGCUUACGUUAUUAAAAUAUUUUUUUUGUUUUAGAUAAAGUAAGAUUGGGUUAGGUUAAAUUAAUUAAGAUUAAGUUGGGUUUGUUUAGGAAUAGCGAUGACGUUGAGAGGACAGGUUUUAGAGUCUAGACCCCUAGUUACAUUUAGCAAGAGCAGCGGUGAUCCGACGCCAUCAACACAACAUCCAUCACCGCCUGCACCUUCAAACAGUCUUUGGCGCCCCGAAAAGCAUAUUAUUUCUCUUAAUUAACUCGUACAGUUUCCGGGACGAAAACAAACAAACCCGUAAUCUCACAUUGCAGCUAUCGCACAGAACAGAAGAAGUGGAAGAAACAGCACUGGAGGCUGGCGGGUCAUCGUGACUGACAUGGUUUCAUGUGAAGUUUACCUUCAGUAAAGAAGAUUAGAGGCUGGUAUUAUGGCCGUGGCUGUUUAGGAGGACAAGGCUGAUAUAUUUAGUGGGACCACAACUGCACCUAACUAUUAUGUCUGCCCAGGCCAACAGCAAGGAAUAUGUACCCAGGAUAUCUCAGCUAGAUUCCAUGCUGCUAAGCAGCGAGGCAUAUUCGAUAAUUAAAAGUCAGUUGUUGAGUGCAGUGAAGUAUGUUGGGCAAAAAUUUGUUACAAAACUGGAACCAGAAAUUGAUGCAGGCCUUCAAUAUUUAAUAUUGAAAUAUACUGUCUAUAGGGAAAGAAGCUCGGUUGGUCAGCAACUUUUGCAAAUCAAAUACGAAGAAGCAACAUCGCUACAGAAACUACAUAAUUAUAUAUUGACUGUAGUUUUAGGCAGAUGGCUGAAACAAAGAAUAGGGUUCAUAACCUGUAUUAUUACAAAGAAUGAUAAUGCUAAAGCUGCUGUUGAUCAGUGUGUUAAUUGGCUUGAAAUAGUGUACAAAGUUCUACAGAUUGUCAAUUUGUUGGUGUUCCUUCAAAAGGGAUAUUAUCCAACAGUUACUGAACGACUGUUUGGGCUUAGACACACAUCGGCAAAUCCAGGUAAUGUGCGUAGAAUCUCUUAUACGUAUUUCACAAGAGAGUUAUUAUGGCAUGGCUUUGCAGAACUUUUGGCAUUCAUUUUACCAUUGAUCAAUGUGCAAUAUUUUCAUAGCAUUGUAAAAAAAAUUGUGCCAAGUUUAAGUGAAACUCACAAUAAUGCAGAUGAGCCAGGAACAGAGUUUUCACCUCGUACAACUUGUGUUAUAUGUAAUAAACUUCCAGUUCUUCCCCAUAGUUUCGGAUGUCGUCACUUAGCAUGUUACUACUGCAUUUACUCCAGUUAUUCUUCUGAUCCAUUGUUCUCUUGCCUUUUGUGUGGUCACAAGAUUGACAAUAGUGUUCAAAUAUUACCUACUAGUAGUUAAGUACUGUGCUGUAUCUUGGUUUGAUUGAUGAAUAUUUUUGUCAGAUCAAUAAGCUAAAUAAAACUUAGUAUUAUGUGAUUUAAAUAAGUGCUUAAGAAAAUACUUUGAGUUGUUCAGGAUUAAAAUAUAUUAUGUUAAAAUUGUAAUUAAAAAAUAUAUUAUAACAAGGUAGGUCACUGAUAGCUUUAUACACAUUCAAGUUCCAGAUUAUAUUUAUAUACAGUACAAUAUAUCCUAGAAGGGGGACUUGGCAGUACCUAAGUCCCUCUCUCUACCUUCCCCCCCAAACUCCCAAUUCUCUUCCCCCUCUCCUACAAUAUCACUAACCUAUAACACUAUAAGAACAAUUCACACAAGUCGUUUCAUCAGCACACAAUCUACAAACUAGGGUAAAAGUAAAUCAAAGUUUUUUUGUUUUUUUUUGGCUUAACUGUGAAGCCAAUCUUGUUCUCAACAAUAGACCUAUGGUGCUCCCAUUUGUGAAAGAUUGUAUAUACUUUUUAAUAUUAAAAGUUCUUAAAUAAU